AUGGCAUCUGCUACAAUCAUAGUACGUCAUUUUCCUCCACAAAUUUCGUCUGAAGAAAAAGAAGAAUUUCUCAAGUAUUUUGGCGCCAAGUAUGUUAAAAUAUUGACAUCUAAAACGAAUCGGAGAUGUAUAGCUUAUGCAAGGUUUGAAUCACAAGAAUUUGCAGAGGCUGUUAUCCAACGUUUGCAUCAAAAAGAACUAUUGGGGUAUAGGUUGACUGUCGAAUUGUCUGAAAAUGAUCUUGACAUAAAUCUAAUGAAAUGCCCUAAACCACUACCAGUAACUGAAUGCAAUACUGACAAAAUAAAACAGUUACAAGAGGAUUAUUUAAAAAAAUUAAAUUGUUGGUCAGCUGCGAUCGACCUAAACCAACCACCACCACAUCAUCUGCAGUAUAGUUAUCCCAACCCGAACCCUCACAUACUGUCAAAUAUUGCCAAUGCAUUAGCUUGUAAUCAGAAGUUCUACUACCAAGUCUUACAUUUGAUGAAUCGUAUGAACCUGCCAGCACCUUUUGAACCGGUCAUUGGUUGCCCCCUGAAUAAGUUAAUACAAAUCGAAACUGCAGAUAAAUAUACCACUACUGAUGAAACUGAUCCAGAGCUUUCAGAAUCUGAAAUGGAAAGUAAUGAUGAAAAUGAUCAUAAUGUAGAACCUAAAUUAUCUAUGUUGAAAAAGAAAAUAUACAAAGUCAUAAAACCUAAGCGUUUAAAGAAUGUUGCAAUUACAGCAUCAAAAAAGGCCAAAGUUGAAUUGGCCAAUGUUUUUGACACUGUUGAAUGUGAGAAUAUACCAAAGAAGAUUGAAGUCAAAGUAUCGGCAGAACUAAAACCUGCGGAAGGACCAACUGCCGAUACUGAAGGAGGAUUUGGUGUAAUAUACUCAGUAAAAAGUAUGAACAAAGAAGAAGUUAAAAAAGAAAGCGAGUCAGAUGAUGAUACAACAGGAGAUUGUAUCAGUAAAGAAGAAUUAGCUACUAAUAGAUUAUCAGAUAAAGAUAUGAAUAAUAUGCCAAUUUUUAAGAAUUAUUAUCCAGGAGCUCCAUCUUGUAGAUUAUACAUAAAAAAUUUAGCAAAAACGGUGCUGGAUAAUGAUUUAAAAUAUAUUUAUAAGAGAUUUUUUAAAUCUGGUGAUCUCAAACCAGGAACUAUGUUUGAUGUACGAUUAAUGCAAGACGGACGUAUGAAAGGUCAAGCAUUUGUGACAUUACCAUGUGUAGAAAACGCCCAUCAGGCGCUGAAAGAAACUAACGGAUAUAUUUUAAAAGACAAACCUAUGAUCGUACAAUUUGCCAGAUCAGCUACGGCAAAAUAA